CUUUAUUCAGAUGAAGUUCAAAUUGGUCCAGAAACAGUCAUGACUACUUUAUACACUGCCAAAAAGUAUGCAGUCCCAGCCCUGGAAGCACAUUGUGUGGAUUUUCUAACAAAGCAUCUCCGAGCAGAUAAUGCCUUUAUGCUGCUUACUCAAGCUCGUUUGUUUGAUGAACCUCAGCUUGCUAGUCUUUGUCUCGACACAAUAGACAAAAGUACCAUGGAUGCCAUAAGUGCAGAAGGCUUUACUGAUAUCGAUAUAGACACAUUAUGUGCAGUUCUAGAAAGGGAUACCCUGAGCAUUCGGGAAAGCAGGCUCUUUGGAGCUGUUGUUCGCUGGGCAGAAGCAGAAUGUCAAAGACAACAGCUGCCUGUGACAUUUGGGAACAAACAAAAAGUCCUGGGAAGAGCUCUUUCCUUAAUCCGUUUUCCAUUAAUGACCAUUGAAGAGUUUGCAGCAGGCCCUGCUCAGUCUGGAAUCUUGUCAGAUCGGGAAGUAGUCAAUCUCUUUUUGCAUUUUACUGUCAAUCCUAAACCUAAAGUAGAUUAUAUUGACCGACCAAGAUGUUGCCUUAGAGGAAAAGAAUGCAGCAUCAACAGGUUCCAGCAAGUGGAGAGUCGCUGGGGCUACAGUGGAACAAGCGAUCGGAUUAGGUUCACAGUUAACAGAAGGAUUUCCAUAGUGGGAUUUGGAUUAUAUGGAUCUAUUCAUGGACCCACAGACUAUCAAGUUAAUAUACAGAUAAUUGAUUACGAGAAGAACCAGACACUAGGACAAAACGACACUGGAUUCAGCUGUGAUGGAACAGCAAGUACCUUCAGAGUUAUGUUCAAAGAGCCCAUAGAGAUCUUGCCAACGGUUUGCUACACAGCUUGUGCAACGUUGAAAGGUCCUGAUUCCCAUUAUGGAACAAAAGGUUUGAAGAAAGUGAUCCACGAAUCUCCUACUGCUAGCAAAACAUGCUUUGUCUUCUAUAGUUCACCGGGUAACAACAAUGGGACAUCAAUAGAAGAUGGACAGAUACCAGAAAUAAUAUUUUAUACUUAAUUUCACACGAUGCUCUAGAGUGUGUCGGUAUCUCAGUGGACUUCAGCUCACUAUUGGCAGCAGUUAAAAAAUUCUGUGAAAUUAUGUCAAUGUGUGAAAACAAAACUAAAUUGUUUGAGCGGUACCAGAAAAGCUAUUUUUUUUGUGCAUUGUUAUUGGCAGAACAUAAUUUAACUUGACAAAAUGUCAAGUGGAAUAAUUACUCUGUAUAUUGAAAAAUUUGUUUUAAAUAGUUAUCUUGUGAUUCAUUGGUUUGUGUUUCACCCUUCCAUUUCUCACAUAGUAAAAUUCAUUUUUUGAACUGGAAAAUCCUUACUUGUUAAAAACAACUUGUGUAUGUUUUCCCCAACCUGUCCUAAAAAGACAGUAAAGUUGCUGCUGUAGUCCCAUUUUGCACUUCUUUCCAAAAUGACUUUGGACAUGGACUGCUACUGUAUUUUUUAAGUACAUCAAGCAAAGCUGGAUUGAUAUUGCCAUCACCUCAAUUCUUUGGAUGAGCCAUGGAGAAUUAAUGGACUUAGCACUGCAGAGAGCAUCUGCAUCUGCACUGAAGAAAAACUAAGUCAAACUCAGCAACAAACAGAUCUUUCCAGAAUCUUUCUUAAUUCAGAAGGGCUGUUUUGGAAUAUAGAACUGGUUAUGGAAAUAGCCACUGUAUAUAUACAUAUGUGCCUAUAAAAAUGUAUAAUGUGAAAAUGAGAAUACAAGAGUUGUAUUGAUGUUAUUUUAUCAUUGGAUAUUCUAGUACUAAAAAAAUUAGUAUAAACCUGAGGCUUAUCUGUGUGCAACUAAUUUUACAGAUUGCAUACAGUAAUUUAAUGCAAUUAAUGGAUG